CAAGAAUAGAAACUCCUUACUUACCGAAGGGUGACUAGCUUUCGCUACUAAUUUGCUUAUUGAUUUUUACACAACAAGUUAUAACCGAUACGUCAAAGAUAUACGUGAACAUUCAAAAUAUGGCACCAAAAGGUCCAGCAAUCGGAAUUGAUUUGGGAACAACGUUCUCCUGUGUGGGUGUGUUCCAACAUGGAGCAGUUGAAAUUAUAGCCAACGAUCAAGGAAACAGAACCACGCCAAGUUAUGUGGCUUUUACAGAUUCGGAAAGAUUAAUUGGUGACAGCGCGAAAAACCAAGUGGCUUUAAAUCCAUCCAACACAAUAUUUGAUGCCAAGCGUCUGAUCGGAAGAAAGUUUGAUGAUGCAACAAUUCAGUCUGAUAUGAAACACUGGCCAUUUAAAGUGGUGAAGGACGGAGACAAGCCAAAGUUACAAGCGGAAUUCAAGAACGAAUUGAAGACAUUUUCACCAGAAGAAGUUAGUGCUAUGGUAUUGACUAAAAUGAAAGAGACAGCUGAAGCCUAUCUUGGUGAGAAUGUUACAAAUGCUGUAAUUACGGUACCAGCUUAUUUUACUGAUAGUCAAAGAUCAGCAACUAAGGACGCUGGGGUGAUCGCUGGUUUAAACGUCUUGAGAAUCAUUAAUGAACCUACUGCCGCUGCUUUGGCCUAUGGAUUGGACAAGAAGACAGAUACAGAACAACAUAUCUUGAUAUUCGAUUUGGGUGGUGGAACAUUCGAUGUGUCAAUUCUAGCAAUAGAAGAUGGUGUAUUUGAAGUGCUAGCUACAGCUGGUGAUACGCAUCUUGGUGGAGAAGAUUUUGACAACAGAAUGGUGAACUAUUUUACCCAAGAAUUCAAGAGAAAAUUUGGUAAAGAUUUGUCUAAGAGUUCCAGAGCUUUAAGAAGGUUAAGAACAGCCUGUGAAAGAGCUAAAAGAACAUUAUCGAGCAGUGCAGAAGCUAACAUCGAAAUUGACGCCUUAUUUGAAGGUUUUGAUUUCUACUCGAAAAUAACCAGAGCUCGAUUUGAGGACUUGUGUGCGGAUUUGUUCCGUAAUACUAUGGUUCCAGUAGAAAAAGCUCUCAAAGAUGCAAAAUUAGACAAGUCUAAAAUUGACGAAGUGGUGCUUGUCGGAGGUUCUACCAGAAUUCCAAAGAUACAGAAACUCUUAAAAGACUUUAUGAAUGGUAAAGAGUUGAACAAAUCUAUUAAUCCCGAUGAAGCUGUGGCUUAUGGUGCGGCUGUCCAAGCAGCUGUAUUGAUUGGAGAUAAAAGCGAGAAGAUUAAAGAUGUACUGUUAGUUGAUGUAGCACCUUUGUCUCUGGGUAUUGAGACAGCUGGUGGUGUUAUGACUAGAAUCAUAGAAAGAAAUACAAGAAUACCAACUAAACAUUCCCAAAUCUUUACAACGUAUUCUGAUAAUCAACCAGGAGUAAGUAUACAGGUAUAUGAAGGUGAGAGAACUAUGACAAAAGACAACCAUCCUAUGGGUAAUUUUGAAUUAUCUGGUAUACCACCAGCACCUCGUGGAGUACCUCAGAUUGAAGUGAGUUUUGAUAUUGAUGCUAAUGGUAUAUUAAAUGUAUUAGCGGAAGACAAGAGUACUGGUAAGAGCAAUAAGAUUACUAUCACCAAUGAUAAAGGUCGCUUAUCCAGUGAAGAAAUUGAGAAACUUGUUCAGGAAGCAGAAAAAUAUAAAGAUGAGGACGAGAAACAGAAGAGAAAAAUAAGUGCUAGAAACCAACUGGAGUCGUAUGUGUUCAAUGUUAAACAAGUUUUGGACAAUGGUGGAGCUGAUAAAAUCUGCGAUUCAGAUAAAGAAACUGUUAAACAAUGUUGUGAUGAGACAAUACAAUGGUUAGAUAAUAAUGCCUUAGCUGAAAAAGACGAAUAUGAACAUAGAUUAGACGAAGUACAAAAGGUUUGUUCACCAAUAAUGACCAAACUACAUGGUGAAGCUAACGGCCAAUCAACCGACCCCACUGGGCGAUCUGGUGGUAACCAAGGUCCUACUGUGGAAGAAAUUGAUUAAAAUGUGUGUAUUAAUUUCCUUUCUUAACCACUGAACUUUAAAUACUUGUAAAAAUGUCGUGUAAGCAUUGAAAAUGCCCUGUUCAUAUUGUAAUUAUUGAGAUAUAUUGAAAUAUUCAUUGAUUGUAAAAAUGUAAAUAUUCACUGAUUUUAUAGAUAUUUAUUUAUUGUAUAAUUUUCAUUUAUAAUCGCGAUAUCAUUUUUGAACUUUUACUGGUAUUUUGAUAUUAAAUUUGAUCAAAUUUAACGUAAAACGAUCUCAAACUUAAUGUUACAAGAUUGUGUGAACUGUUCACAAGUUUAUUAUGUUAUAACUCUUAUAUAAUGAUAACUGUUUACAAGUUUAUUAUGUUAUAACUCUUAUAUAAUGAUAACUGUUUACAAGUUUAUAAUGUUAUAACUCUUUACAAGUUAAUAAAAAAUGUUAUACUAUUCCC